AUGAGGAAGCAGAAAAUCUAUCCAGAAUCGAAGCAGGCUGUAGCUGCAAACAUAAAUAACAUUCGAAGCGCUGCUGUACAAGUAGCAGCUCCUUCGACUACCUCCACAUCUUCAACUCCUUCUGUAUCUAUUUGUCAACCGUCGUCAUCAAGUUCCAGUCGUAGCAGUUGCGAUGCCAAAGAAUUUAGUAAUGUGUACAAAGAUUUGUUUUUAUGUGUCAAAUCAUUUGCCUUAGUGGAAGAUGCUAUUGGUUCUUAUAAUUGGAGCAAUGCUAAGAAAAUUCUUGAACUUGCACCUCCCUGGAUGGCGGAUCUACCCAUAGCGCUGCAUAUGCGGGCGCGGAUAGCGUUUGAGCUAACAGAGUAUGCUUGCGCUAGAGAUAUUCUGCAAAAACUGCGAAAGAUGUAUCCCCAACGAGUGGAGGGAAUGGAGUUGCUUUCGACCGCUUUAUGGCAUUUGCAAGAUGCUCAUGAGUUGUCAUCACUGGCUCAACAAUUGACGCUUGAAGCACGUUCUAGGCCACAGACUUGGUGUGUGGCAGGGAACUGUUUUUCGCUACAAAGACAGCAUGCAAAAGCUGUUGAUUGCAUGGAACGUGCCAUUCAGCUGGAUCGCUACUUUGCUUAUGCUUACACAUUAUUAGGUCAUGAGCUGAUUUUCCAGGAGGAGUACGAUCGCGCUGCGAAUGCGUUUAGGUACUUCCAAUUGUAUAAGCUUUAUCGUAAUAAGCUUGAAGUCAGUGUUCAGGAGGGCUUUGGAAAUUUCACCGAAAGACUACCGUGCUUGGCAUGGUCUUGGUCUAGUUCACUUGCGUAAGG